AUGGCUCGCUUCUAUGCUGCUGAGAUUCUGCUGGCCUUGGAGUAUCUGCACAGCAAGAGCAUCAUAUACCGUGACCUUAAGCCAGAAAACAUCCUGCUUGAUGCUGACGGUCACAUCAAGAUAACUGAUUUUCUCUGUGGGACUCCAGAGUACAUAGCUCCUGAGGUUAUCAUCGGAGGAGGCUACACGCAAGGCGACUGGUUCAGCUACGUACCUAUUUGA